CACGUGACCGACGUCGCGAACACACGUUUUACUUAAAUUUCCGAAUGUUGUGUCAAUCUAAAGGCUCAUCUAUGUCCGUAUUCUAGCAGUCGAUAAUAUCCAUGAGGUACCAGCACGCUCUUUUACUUCUCAUCCAGAUCUCUAUCGCAAUCGCGAUUGCACUGCCAGAGAUCCCAGCGGCGGAUUAUGGCUUAAGCGUGCAUUCCGGAAGAGACUUACUCGGUAUGCUUGCGGGCACUGCUGGCACAGACUCGCCUGCAACAUCAGACACGUUCCCUCUUAGCUCACCUUCACCCCCUAUCCAUCCUGGUUUGAAAGAUCUGGGCGGCUUGCUCACAGAUCCGGUCCUCCCCACGGCAUCUUCAGUGGGAAAGGUUGAUCCAGCGACUCCCACAAGCCUCGGUGUUACGUCGUCCGCAGGCUCUCUAAAGCCUUCUCCGGAACAAAUAGCGCCUGCAUCCGCCACAAGGUCGGCGAGUUAUCCAGCUGCCUCAUCGGCCGCCAUGACCGAAGACGUAUCCGCUGACAACAAGACCUGGAAAAUCAUUGGGAUCGUCUUCAUCACAAUUUUGAUCAUAGCAAUAGCAAUUACAUCCAGCAUGUUCUUCGAUCGCUGGUGGAAGGUCGCACAAGAGAUCUUGUGCUGCAAGGGUCGAAGGGACAGUGGCAUCGAACAGUUCGUCCCUGACUGGGAGAAGCAGACCUGGGAAGUCAAACUAGGACCAGAAGAGCGUGAUUAUAGACAGCGAGCAUCGUUUAUGUCUGUUCGGUCUGAUACGAGAGCAGAUCAUGUGAGGGAGGGAGAGAUAAAUGCGAUGAGAAAUUCCGCGGACCACACUAUCCCUACCCUGCCACCUCCGUUACUCAGAGUUAUCUCUCCCGGGCCAUCAGACACUCGAGAGCUUCCUUGGGAUGCCGACAAUCUCCAUAAGUGCGCUCUUCACCGUCAGCUUUCCGCGCGCAGCGGUCAUCACGGAGACACAUAGAGCGUGGAAUUUGCCUGUGACUCCUUCAUGCCACACAUGUCCUACCCCAUUUUCCAGUUUCUUUCCCAACAAGCAAACAUGUCGAAUUCGCAUUACGAUCGGCGACUGCCACAUUCACUAUCCACCCAAUCGCUUUGUAUCACUGCUCAUGCUGUACCUGCCGCGUUUCGGGACGAGGACGUGUCGUAGGUAGGCACGGUCCCUUGUGGUGCCACUGGAUACUUCUCUUCCAAGUAGUCGGACGCAAACAUGCCCACUGCACCCACCGUGCACACAGCCAUAGAGACAUAUAGUCGUGUUCGGGCUGGAAGAGCUUGACAGAGUUGUCUAAGCGGACCCAGAACUGAGAAA